AAUAUUCAAAAGCCGUAGCGGCUAUGUGUGCAUGUGAUUCAAACACAAAUCGUGUGGGUCCUGUCACGAAUACAGCAAGAAAGCAGUGUAUUUCAUGAGUAGUACCAGUGAAGAGAUACGCAACACUCAGUGGAUAAAAGGCUCGUAGUCCCAGCUGGGAAAAUAGUUCCAUUAUCUCCCAGCUGCAUAGACAUUCCAUACAGCUUGGUUCUGCCUGGAUGAACAGUGUGGCUUGCUGAGAGCUUGAAACAGUUCUGCAGAAAAUUGUAAAGAUCCUGAGACAUUUCACUGUUAAGAUCUAAUAUAAAGACAGUUCCAGGAAGAUAUAUUUUAUUCUCUGCUGAUUGGAUGGGAGGGAUUGUUGACCUUGGAAAGUGGAGAUGAUGUUGCUAUGGAAACUAGUAAUUCUGCUGCCACUCCUGAGCUGCAACACAGAGAAAGAUACUCUUCACAUUCCUGUUUUUAUCCAAGAGCCAUAUGACAUCACUUAUUCUAUUGGUUCAGAGGACCCAGAAAUACUGCUGAAUUGUACAGCCAAAGGAUAUCCAUUACCAUACUACAGGUGGAAGCAAAAUGGCACAGAUAUUGAUCUUACCAUGAGUUAUCACUACAGGUUGGUUGGAGGCAGCUUGGCAAUCAAUAACCCACAUACAAAACAGGAUAUUGGAACAUACCAGUGUUUGGCCACAAAUUCAUUUGGAACAAUUCUGAGCAGGAAGGCAAAGCUUCAAUUUGCAUGUUAUAAGUUUGAUUUGCAUGAGACUAUCUACAGGACUAAAUUUCCAUGCCUACCAGGACCUAAAGAUCUUGGAAAUUUUGAAACCAAAACAAGAAGCAUCGUCUCAGUCAGAGAAGGACAAGGAGUGGUUUUGCUUUGUGGUCCUCCACCACACUAUGGAGACCUUUCCUAUGCUUGGAUCUUCAAUGAUAACCCCUUGUAUGUUCAGGAGGAUAGUCGUCGAUUUGUAUCCCAAGAGACAGGAAAUCUAUACAUCGCCAAAGUAGAGCCAUCUGAUGUGGGCAAUUAUACCUGUAUUGUAACUAAUGCUAAAUCAGAACAAAGUGUUCGGGGCCCACCCACUCCACUCAUCCUCCGUAGUGAUGGUGUGAUGGGAGAGUAUGAACCAAAGAUUGAAGUACGUUUUCCAGAAACAACAUAUGCAGCGAAGGGUUCAUCUGUUAAACUGGAAUGCUUUGCCCUUGGAAAUCCAGUUCCCAGUAUUAGCUGGAAAAGGAGUGAUGGACACCCAUUGGCAAGGAAAAUCAAACACUACAAAUCCAAAGGAGUCCUUGAAAUCCCAGAUUUUCAGCAGGAAGAUGAAGGCUUUUAUGAGUGUAUUGCAGGAAACAUUCGAGGAAGAAACAUUGCAAGAGGUCAACUAAUAAUCUACGCACUCCCUGAAUGGGAUAAAAAAAUCCAAAAUGCCUAUCUGUCUCUCUAUGACAGCUUGUUUUGGGAAUGUAAAGCAAGUGGAAAGCCAAGUCCUUCCUACAGUUGGUUAAAAAAUGGCCAACCCCUUAUGCCAGAGGAGAGAAUUCAAAUAGAAAAUGGAACUCUUACCAUAACUAUGCUGAAUGUAUCAGAUUCUGGCCUUUAUCAGUGUGUUGCGGAAAACAAAUACAAUACAAUUUAUGCAAAUGCUGAGUUAAGAGUGAUAGCUUCAGCCCCGGAUUUUUCCAAAAAUCCUGUGAAACAAAUGUCAGUUGCUCAAGUUGGGGGUGAAGUUACCAUUGAAUGUAAACCAAAUGCUUCUCCCAGGGCAGUUAUCAACUGGAAAAAGGGCACCAAUGUUCUGCGACAAAACAAAAGGAUCUUUAUGCUAGAGGAUGGCAGUCUCAAGAUAUAUAAUAUUACCAAAACAGAUGCAGGAGUGUACACUUGUAUAGCAAUGAAUCAAUUUGGAAUUGCCAGGAAUUCAGGAACCCUGAUUGUGAAAGAGAGGACUGUAAUUAUUGUUCCACCUUCUAAAAUGGAUGUUACAGUUGGAGAGAGUAUAGUCCUACCAUGUCAGGUAUCUCAUGACCCCUCCACUGAGGUUGUGUUCACAUGGUCAUUCAAUGGAGAUGUGAUAGAUUUUAAAAGAGGAGUGAAUCAUUUUGAAAGAAUUGGAGGAGAAUCUGUUGGGGAUUUGAUGAUAAGAAAUAUUCAGCUAAAUCAUUCCGGGAAAUAUGUUUGUAUGGUACAAACAACCAUAGACAGUCUAUCUGCAGCAGCAGAUGUAAUUGUAAGAGGCCCUCCAGGUCCCCCACAAGAUGUUAGAAUCGAACACAUUUCUAGCACUACUGCCCUGCUAUGCUGGAGACCAGGAACAGAUAAUAAUAGUCCAGUCCAAAUCUACAGUGUUCAGACAAGGACUCCUUUUUCAGUUGGAUGGCAGGCAGUUUCAACCGUUCCUGAAGUUCUCAAUGGUAGAACCUAUUCAGCAACAGUGACUGGUUUAAACCCUUGGGUUGAAUAUGAAUUCCGUGUGGUUGCCGGCAAUAGCAUUGGGAUUGGGGAGCCAAGCAGACCAUCAGAGCUGCUAAGAACGAAAGCAUCAGUUCCUCUAGUGGCACCUACAAAUGUGAGCGGAGGUGGAGGGAGUCGCUCUGAGCUCAUCAUCGCAUGGGAGUCAGUUUCUGAAGAACUACAAAAUGGGGAAGGUUUUGGCUACAUCAUUAUGUUUCGGCCUCUUGGUUCAACAAGCUGGACGAAGGCAGUAGUGGCUUCAGUAGAAGCAUCAAAGUAUGUCUACCGAAAUGAAAGUAUUAUACCUCUCUCUCCUUUUGAAGUUAAAGUGGGUGUCUACAAUAAUGAAGGAGAAGGGACUCUGAGCUCUAUAUUCAUUGUCUACUCAGGAGAAGAUGAGCCACAGAUUGCACCAAUGGGGGUUUCUGUGCAGAGCUUUUCAGCUUCUGAAGUUGAAGUAUCUUGGAAUGCUAUUGCAUGGAACAGGCAUACAGGAAGGGUACUUGGCUAUGAGGUUUUAUACUGGACAGACGAUUCCAAGGAAACCGCAGCUGGUAAAGUUAGAGUCAGUGGAAAUGUAACAGCAAAAAACAUCACAGGACUAAAGGCCAACACAAUAUAUUUUGCAACAAUAAGAGCUUACAACACAGCUGGGACAGGACCAACCAGCACUCCAGUCAACAUCACUACUAAGAAGUCACCACCAAGUCAACCACCAGCAAACAUUGCAUGGAAACUGACAAAUUCAAAAAUAUGCUUGAAUUGGGAACAUGUAAAAACAAUGGAAAAUGAAUCAGAGGUGUUAGGCUACAAAAUUUCGUACAGGCAAAAUAGACAAAGCAAAACUCAUAUAUUGGAGACAAACAACACCUCAGCUGAGCUUCUGGUACCAUUUGAAGAAGAUUAUCUCAUAGAAAUAAGAACAAUCAGCGAUGGUGGGGAUGGCAGCAGUAGUGAGGAAAUUAGGAUUCCAAAAAUAUCAAGUUUAAACUCCAGAGGAACAAAAUCAUUCCAGUUGGUAGUCCCUGUGGUAACAAUUGGAAUUAUGAUUCUGAAUUGCAUUCUUACUUUCUCAGCUCUUUGAUGAUUAAAGCCAGGGACAGUCAUGGACUUUUAUCCUGAUACUCCAGCCACAGCCAACAUGCCCGAUGACUAUACUAUUGGGGGAUGUGAAUAUACACUGUACAUUAUUAAGAAUGUAAAUAUCAAUAUUGCAUUAAUAAAAUAUAUUAAAAACUGAGGAUAAAGAUAUAUAAAUAAAUUAAAUGGAGUGGUGACAAAAUAUAGCUGUGUGAUUGUAACAAGUGACACCUAUUAUAUUUUGCAAACAAUGAGGUAUGGUACAAAUCCAGUUUAAUUAUAUGACCCACAUGAAAGACCCGGGCCAACUCAUAAAUGGUGAAUUGAUAACAAAGAGGGAAUAAGUUUGCAGGUGUUUGUGAAGUGAAUAUUUAUCCUGUCUUCCUCAUUUUAAGCUAUAAAAAAGAAUAAUAAUCAAACUUUACAAUUUAAUGAAAAAAUAUUUGUUUACAUUUUGCACCUAUUUGUAUCAGGUUACCACCGUUAGGAUGUUGCAAGACAUGAAUCGACAUAUAAUGUAACCUUUUGACCUUUACCAAAUUAUUUUCUCUGAAAAGGGAAAUAGUCAUCUGUUUCUACAAAAGGAAUUAGAGUCCAAUCCGAAACUCAUUGAACUCAGUUAAAACAAUCCCAUUGACGUCAAUACCAAAGGCUGUGGAUCAGGCCCUUAAACAGACAAUAUUUCUUAUGAUACAGCAUACGCUAAACCACUAUAUUCUCAAAGACAUUAAAAAAAACUUUCAUGCAAAGAAAUUAUUCUGGUCAAUAAAUCAAGCAUUUCGGGGGGGGCUAAAUAUUUACAUUAAUAUUAUUAUAAAAAGGAACAUCUUCACGGUUGGUCUGUGAAAUAUUUGAUGUACUAUUUUUCUUAUAACUGUUUGGAAAUUCAAUGUAAUUUUGUGUUUCAUUUUCUAAAUCAUCUGCUUCAGUUCUGUUUUUCUAAUAAAUAAAUAACUGAAUAAUCCA